CCCUAGAUGCCUCCUCUGCGCGCUGGUGUCACCCGGGCGCCGUGAAGGACGAGGUUCCAACUGUCGCCAGGAUCCAAACAGCGUCAGCGACGCAGGGCCAGGCCGCCCCGGCGACUAGGAGACAACUCGGUUCCCGCCCAAGGCCUGGUGGAACAUGUUUUCGGGGACACAGUUCGCAUGACAGUCGCUAGACUAUGUUUCCACUUCUGAUCGCUCUCAGCCAGCUGACCAGACUUACCCUCGCGGUUCCUCAUUGGACAAGAAGCCUAAAGGAUUCCGAACAUGUCCGAGAAGAAGUCUUUGCAUCAAAAGAAGCAGCAAACGUCUUCAUGCACCGCCGUCUCCUGUACAACAGGUUUGAUUUAGAGCUCUUCACUCCCGGGGACCUGGAGAGAGAAUGCUAUGAAGAGUUUUGCAGUUAUGAAGAAGCCAAAGAGAUCUUCAGGGAUGACGAGAAAACGAUUACAUUUUGGCGGGAUUAUUCCCUGAAAGGACCGACCACGCGAUCAGAUGCUAACAAAGAGAAGAUAGAUGUUAUGGGCCUUCUGACUGGACUAAUUGCUGCUGGAGUAUUCUUGGUUAUUUUUGGCCUAUUUGGUUACUAUCUGUGUAUCACCAAAUGUAAUAGGCAGUCAUAUCUGGGUUCCUCAGCUGUCUACACAAGAAGGACCAGACACAUACCCUCCAUCAUCUUCAGAAGCCCUGAGGAGGUUGUCUUGCCUUCAUCUCCGCCUUCAGAGGACAUAGGGCUACCUUCCUAUGAACAGGCAGUAGCACUGACCAGAAAACACAGCGUCUCACCACCGCCUCCAUAUCCUGGGCCAGCCAAAGGAUUCAGGGUAUUUAAAAAGUCAAUGUCUCUCCCAUCUCACUAAGCCCACCUUGCCGCCUUUCUGUAAGACAUUCAUGUGGUUUGAAUGAUUUGUU